AUGUUAAUAUCAUUAUUAGGUUUAAUGUUAUUAGUAUCGACAAAUCAUUUAAUUACUUUGUAUUUAGCAAUAGAAUUACAAAGUUUAAGUUUUUAUAUUUUAACAUCUACACAAAAAAAAUCAUUAUUAUCUAUUGAGGCUGGAUUAAAAUAUUUUAUUUUAGGAUCAAUUGCUUCAGGUUUUAUAUUAUUUGGUUCUUCAAUAAUUUAUGCUAUUACAGGUUCCUUAAAUUUUAAUAAUAUUUUUUUAAUAUUAUCAAAUAUAAAUUUUUUAGAAAAUAUUAAUAUUUUAAUAAGUUUAUCUUAUGGAUUAAUCUUUAUUUUAGUUGGUAUUUUAUUUAAAGUAGGAGCUUCGCCUUUUCAUUUUUGGUUACCUGAUGUUUAUGAAGGUGCUCCUAAUAAUAUUUCUAGUUUUUUUGCUAUUGUUCCGAAAAUAGCUUUUAUUGGUAUUUUAAUUCGUUUAUUUUUUGAAAUUUUUUUUAAUAUUUCAUAUUUUUUUGAAAUUUUUUUUUAUAUUAUUUCAUUUUUAUCUAUGUUAAUAGGUGCAUUAUCCGCAUUACAGCAAAAAAAAAUUAAAAGAUUAUUAGCUUAUAGUUCUAUCAGUCAUGUAGGUUUUAUUUUAAUAGGAUUUACUUCAAAUAUGUUAAAUAAUAUUCCAUUUAUUUUAUUAUAUGUUCUUAUUUAUAUUAUAACAAGUAUUAAUUUAUGGACUUCAUAUUUAUCUUUAAAUAUAAAUCAUAAACCAAUUAAAUAUUUAACAGAUUUAUCAAAUAUACAUACUAUUAAUAAAUUAAUUGCUAUUAUUAUUAUUAUAAAUAUUUUUUCAUUAGCAGGUAUCCCACCAUUAGCAGGUUUUUUUUCAAAAUUAUUUAUCUUUUUUUCAGCUAUUAAAAAUAAUUAUUUUAGUUUAGUUUUCUUUGGUAUUUUAAUAAGUGUUUUAAGUUCUUUUUAUUAUCUAAAAAUAAUUAAAAUUAUUUAUUUUGAAAAAAUAUUAAGAAAAAUGUAUAUAUCAAAAAUAAAUAAAAUGCAAAGUAUAGUGUUAAUUAUUAAUACUCAAUUUAUUUUAUUUUUAUUUAUUUACCCUAAUAUUAUAUUAGUAAAUUUCAUCAGCGUCGCGUAG